GAAACACUUCAACGCGUCCGUAUCUGAAUCUGAAUUAGAAUUUUAUGUAACGUAUCUUUUGAAACCACUUGUUAAUUUUAGAUCCACUAUUGCGUUUCGUACCUGACUAUAUUUUACACUGAGACGUAGUUUAAAAAUAGGAUAAACUUGUGUUAAUAAGCUUUUUCAGAGUAGGACAAAAAGAAAUGUAGCACAAAUACAAACAAAAUAAUAUGUUUUCGAAGGGUAGGCAUACGAUCUGAUGGAAAUUGUUAGCAGCAAUACAUUCUUUAUCAAGGAGAAAGGAUAAAACAUAAAGCCUUGUGGUAUGUGAAAGAAUGAUAUAAAACGAUAACGAAUAGUAGUGCGAUUUAGUAGUAGAAUAAAGAAAAACACACACAUUAAGAUGGAUAUUCAAGACAGUGAGCUUGACUUAGGACUUCCGGUUGAUUACCGCCUUUUGCCAAUUCGAGCACUAAGAAUGACCGCUCGAAAGAAGCUCGCAGGAUUUCUAGAUCUUGAGGGGACGCUGAUUGUUGUGAACGAAGGAACUAGGGACGAACAGGAUGUUGUAAACGAUUGUAAUGGACUCGCUGAGUUGGCUGGACUCACAUAUCAAACUAUCAGAGGGCUUCAGAGAAGCGACAGCCCGACAAUGAAAUUUCUUGACACAUGGAACGAUCAAGCUGCUACUGUUGGCAACUUGUGGAACUUCCUGAUCAGUCUUGAAAGAUAUGAUGUGGUAGAUGCGUGCCGCCGAACUAUUUUUAGAGACUGCGAGGUAUACUUGGAACAGGCAGAAAUAGAGAGAGCAGCAGUAAACUUUGACAUGCAAAGGAUUCAGGACCCAACAGUUUCAAACUCUGAAAUGAGAGUUGAUGAAACAAAAUACAGCACUGAUGAAGACGUUAUUUACCAAAGGAAGACUUACUAUGAUGCGUUCGUUUGCUACACAGACGAAGAUAAGGAGGAUCGAGAUUUUGUUAGGAUGAUUAUUAAAGAGCUUGAAGAGCGAAGAGGCUUGAAAUUGUUUGUACCAGGCCGGAAUGAUCUACCGGGGUCGGCUCAACAUACGGUUACUGCCUAUCUAAUUGAAGAAAGAUGCAAACGUGUCAUAAUCAUAAUGUCCAAGCCUUUUAUGAAGAGCCAAAUGUGCGACUUCCAAGUCAAAUUUGCGUUUGCCCUUUCUCCAGGAGCAAGAAGUAAGAAGCUUAUACCCGUCAUCAGAGAAAAGGGGACAACUGUUCCGAGAAUUCUAAAGUUCUUGGCUGUAUGUGACUUUACCAAAGCCGACAUUUUGGACUGGGUCUGGGAUCGACUUUACACCGCUGUUAUUGCACCGUUGGGAAAGCAGACUUUUUUUGAGCCAGAGGACCCAAACAAUCCGUACGGAGAAAUAAAUCUAAAGGAAAUCACGUUUCCAUCAUGCAAACGCCUUGAUGACGCUUCAAAUAACAAUGAUGCUGCAUGCGGUGAUAGCAGCAAUGUCAUAGAAAGUACAACAUUGCCGAUCCAUGAACCACGGGUUCUUUACAACAGAGGUCAGCCAUAUAUAUCACCGGUGCAUCUUAGCCAUUUCCUACGGUCAGAAGACCAAAUGUCAUGUAGUGACAACCAGUCCUAUACUCAAAGUGUUGAUUCAGCAACAAUGUCUUCCUCUGAUUCCCAACACGAAGCCUCGGAGAACAGUGAAAGUAUCAAAAGUAAGCAGAGCCUUUUUAGCUCACUGUUGGGAAGAAAUAAAAAGUCGAAAAAGGCAAAGGCAAAAACACAAAAUGAGCCUGUUGAACAAACGUCCUCUUCAAGCUAUUACAGCAACAGUCACGUGGUUUCAUCGACCGAUCGAAGUGCUCCUGUACGAAUCAAUUAUCGCAACAACUUUCGCCGUCGGGAUCCUGAUGAAUUUUCCUUCCUAUCGAGUGGAAGUGCAAGCGAAGAAUUGCAGUUCAGUGCCGAUCAAAUGGAAAUGGAUGAGAUAUGAUUUGCUGACGUACUCGUACCAUUGAAUACAAUCCAUUUUUUUCAUUUGAAUGUUUAAAAGCGAUAUAUUUUAGGGUUUAUAAUCGUAAAUGACGAUUUACGUUAUUGUAUUUAGUGAUAUACACAUUGUGUAUUAACUAGAUGUAAUGAAUAAGCACACCUUUUAUAUCCUGGAUUAUAUAAAACAUACAUGACCCCGUGCUCCGCGUAGAUCCAGUGUUGAGGGUCAGGAAUGUACCGACAUUGUGAAACCGUAUUGUGACUUUUAAUACUUUUCGGUUUGUUUUUGAUGUUAUACAAGUCUAGUUGUAUUCCAUUCUGUUAUGUGUCAUUUAAUGUGUAGCCAAUAAAUAUAUACUUGA